AUGGCCAGCCUCGCGUCGUCCGGCUUGGGCGGCGUCGGCAAAGGGCCCGCGCCGAUACGAGACCCCCAGCACCAGCAUCAGUACUCACAGUCACAGUCGCCGGCACAGCAUCAAGCACAGUCGCAGCAACAACAACCACCCCAACAGCCCCAGAGCGGCCUGCGCUACCCAACGAGCGGUAAGACCAUCUACCACCGGCCGCUCAACCGCACGCGCAACGCCGAGCUUAGCCAGUCAGCGUUUGCCUACCUCUUUUCCGAGAUGGUCGGCUACGCCCAGCGCCGUGUCACUGGUAUCCAGGACCUAGAGAAACGACUCAACGUCCAAGGCCACCCCAUUGGCGUCAAGCUCCUCGAUCUCCUUCUCUACCGCGAACCACCGCGCUCCCAAAUCCGCCCCCAAACCAUCAUCGCUCUCCUACAUUUCGUCAAGAUCAACGUGUGGACACACCUCUUUGGCCGUCAGGCCAAUGGCCUCGAAAAGAGCAGCAACCCACAGACGCCCGAAGAGUACAUGAUUAUCGACAACGAGCCCCUCGUCAACCAGUACAUUAGCGUGCCGCGCGAGAUGAGCCAGCUCAACUGCGCGGCGUACGUUGCCGGCAUUGUCGAGGGCGUCUGCGACGGUGCUGGGUUCCCAGCACGCGUGACAGCGCAUACGGUCGGCCGCGCGGAAGAAGGCGAGAUGUGGCCCGGCAAGACGGUGUUUCUUGUCAAGUUCGAGCCGUUGGUGCUCGAGCGGGAAUCAUACCUGGGAAAGAGCUAG